AUGAAGGUUGCAAGGACAACAUUAUGGCUCACGUUGGCCCUGGCAGUCAAUGCCUUCCCUUCCCUUUUCGAUCCUCUUCAGCAGAUCCUCGGUCCAACACCGCAAACAUUACCGAAUAAGCCGAACUUCGUCUUCAUCAUCACUGAUGAUCAGGACCUUCAGCUCGACUCUAUUGAUUUUAUGCCCCUGGUCUCAAAGCACCUCAAGCAGAAAGGUACCUUCUUCAGCAACCACUUUGUCACCACGGCGCUCUGCUGCCCGUCGCGCGUGAGCCUGUGGACAGGGCGUCAGGCUCACAACACGAAUGUCACUGACGUGACUCCUCCAUAUGGUAACCCUAACCCUAUUUUGUCAGGCGCAAUGGGUUCUAAUAGCAUUGUAGGCGGGUACCCCAAGUUCGUUGACCGCGGCUUCAAUGACAACUUCCUGCCAGUCUGGCUCCAAAGCGCCGGAUACGACACUUACUAUACGGGUAAAUUGUUCAACGCCCACACCGUCGAUAACUACCACAGCCCCUACGUCAACGGGUUCACCGGCUCUGAUUUCCUCUUGGACCCUUUCACCUAUUCGUACCUAAAUUCGACGUACCAACGAAACGGCGACGAGCCGGUGAGCUAUGAAGGGCGACAUACCGUCGACGUCAUCACUGAGAAGGCUCUGGGGUUUUUGGACGACGGCCUAAAUGGCGACCGUCCGUUCUUUCUGACCGUUGCUCCGGUUGCUCCUCAUUCGAACGUGGAUGUCAGCGCUCUUGGGGCAGAUCGCAGAGCGCCUACGAUUAUGACAGAGCCUAUCCCGCUCGAUAGACACAAGUCUCUGUUCCAAGACGUGAAGGUUCCUCGUACCAAGCAUUUUAAUCCAGACGAACCGAGCGGCGUCAGCUGGAUCAGAGACCUGCCUCAGCAGGAUGAAUCGACCAUCGAAUACAACGACCACUUUUACCGGCAACGGCUGCGCGCUCUGCAGGGUGUCGAUGAGCUUGUCGACUUGAUUGUCACUAGACUCGAGGCCAGCGGCCAGCUCGAUAACACGUACAUCAUCUAUACUUCCGACAAUGGGUACCACAUCGGACAGCACCGGCUGCCGCCCGGUAAAGCAUGCGGGUUCGAGGAGGAUAUUCGCGUGCCCUUGUUCAUCCGUGGGCCUGGUGUGCCUGAGAACAAAGUGAAGGAAGCCGUUACCACGCAUAUUGACCUCGCGCCCACGAUCUUUGACCUAGCGGAGAUACCACUGCGCGAAGACUUUGACGGCACGCCAAUCCCUCUUCCAAGCGCGGAAGAUAAUGCCUCUAUACGCCAUGAGCACGUCACUGUCGAGUAUUGGGGAAAGUCGUACCUUGAGGGGGAGAAGGGCCCUCUGAGCAACCCAGAGAACCUCCCAUUCUUCACCAACAACACUUACAAGUCAGUACGAAUUAUUGGGGAGGGCUAUAACCUCUACUAUUCCGUAUGGUGUAAUAACGAACACGAGCUGUACGACUUAACUGCCGAUCCUUACCAGCUGAACAACCUCUACAACUCCAACGACAAGUCAGUCAUGGUCUUCGGCCACAGCCUCUCGCAGGUAAUCAGCAGGCUAGACUCAAUUCUGCUCGUGCUCAAAUCCUGCAAAGGCGCUACUUGUACCAAGCCGUGGGAAGUCCUCCACCCGCGCGGCCAUGUGAAGAACCUAAAGGACGCAUUGAAUCCGUUAUACAAUGCAUUCUACGCAGACCAGGCCAGGGUUUCCUUUGAUCACUGUGAGCAUGGGUAUAUCCCUGAAGUAGAGGGGCCACAGGACGCGCUCCCGUUCACGAGAUAUGGGUUGAAUUGGGAUAUCUGGACGUGA